UUAACAGUCAGCUAAAGUAGCAGUUAUUUGUGCGGGGCGGUGCUUCAGAAAGCGCACUCAGUGACUCUGACUCACAGUUUUUGGUGCAACUUGUCAUACCGUCUGGACGAAAUGUCUUCUGUUAAAAAAAUCAUACAUGCACCUAACACGCCUACAUCGGGCAUAUACAGCCAGGCUGUUUUGGUGGACCGCACAAUGUACAUCUCAGGACAGCUGGGCAUGGAUCCAGCAUCAGGACAGCUGGCGGCGGGAGUUCAGGCUCAAGCCAAACAGGCACUCAUUAACAUUGGGGAGAUUCUGAAAGCUGCAGGAUGUGGAUAUGAAAACGUCGUAAAGGCCACAGUGCUGAUGACAGACAUUAAUGAAUUCAAUACUGUCAACGAUGUUUACAAGCAGUUUUUCAAGAGCAAUUUCCCAGCUAGAGCUGCUUAUCAAGUCGUGGCCCUGCCCAGAGGGGGGCUUGUUGAGAUUGAAGCAGUCGCUGUACUGGGACCGAUUACAGAGGCCUCCUGACUAUAUGAUCCCAGAAUGCAUCACAAAUUGUAAAUAGAGUUAGUUAUUUACUGACUAACCACAUUACGGAUUACAAAUUCCAGCAUGACUGGAUUACUAUAGAAAGAAAAACAUUCCCUGCCAUCAUCUGAUGCCUUUUUCACUAAUCAUUAAAAGAUUUUUACUUUGUGA